GAUGGAGGUUAAUCACCGUAUUAAUUGAUAAAAUAAAAUGAAACUUCAGUUACUAGUUGGUUGUUAUUUUUAAAGAGCACCUUUUAUUUUGCUAUUUAAACUUGUCAUUGAUGCACAGACAAGAAUUGUAUGCCAACACAGGAGAGAUGUUACCACUAUCCCCCCCAUGCUUGUCUUCUCAUAGGUCUUUGUUGCUCUCGGUGACGAGCCGGUUCAGUUAUUCACAGAGAAAACACGUUGUGUUUGAACACACACUCAGCAAUGUAUGAAAUUAAUUAUAAGGUAAACAUCUGUUAUGGCUGGCCUACUUACAUUUUGAUGAGAAUAUUUAGCUACAGCUAGUAUUUUCAGUCUAGCUACAUAAAGGUGACGUUAGUCCAGAUGAAAACUGGACUAACCGGCGCUAGCUAAAAUCUCAAAUGCAAGUUAGUGGGGUCAAAGGUCGAGCUUCGACCUGACUAAACCUGGUCUUAAUAUCACAGAUGUCCCCAUCCAAAAUCCACAGUGAGUAGAUUGACAUUGCCCCGCUUUGCACUCAAAUUCGUGAGCGCCUACGUGAUCUGAUGAGAUGUUGGACUCUGAUGACUGCACCUUGUCUUUGGACAAUCUGUUUUUUGAGAAACCCAUUGUCCACAAAGUAAAGCCACUGUACCAAGAGGCCAGUCCAUGGCAGCUGGAAGUGCCUCCAUGUCUUUCUCAGUUUCCUGCCACUCAGGACAUUCAGGAGGAAGCAGAGUCUCUCUCUACCCUAUACAGUUUCUCACAGAAACCCAAGAAGCUUCUGCCUCCUUUCAAAGGAUCAACUGGUCUUAAGGUCUUACCAUCAAACAUAAACAGUCCUUACAGUUAUAACAAUGAUGAGAAAGAGAUUGAAACUCAGGGUGGCAGCACCAGCAGAUGUGAUGACCUAUGGGGAGGUGAAGGGUUCAGGGAUUACUCUCAGGGUGCCUGUCAGAGUGCCAGAGGUGGAGAUGAAACCCCGCAGGACUCUGGUCAUGCAGCCAUUAGCCGAAUGUGUCUGCCUCUAGACUGCAGCAAAAGCCAACCUUUACGGAGAAGCUUGUUUAAGGUUCAGGUGUUGAACAAUGGAGGUGACUUGUCAAACAUAGAUGACCUCAGUAACAGCGGCGGCAGCAGCCAGACAGCAUCCAGACCUCAAACUUUUCUCGGUCGGGUUACCAUGGCGACAGUGCCUCCUCCUCUUCUGCCGCCACGGGCGACAGUUAACCAGGCAACUCCUCCUUUCCCCCCCAAGUGCCCCUUCUCACCCCCUCCUCUGGGCUCAUCUGCAGCGAGUGGCAGACCCCCGCAGCAGGCGGCACAUGCAGAGAUGCAGGACAAGGGCACAAAGAGAGCCUUCAUUCCGCCCAUGACGCCUCAGCCGCUCCGCAUACAAGGGUCUUCUGGGUGUGGAGUUUUGCGACCAGUUUCUGAAAUCCCAGCCAAGUUCAGAUCCAUCUUCAGCGAGUUCCCCUUUUUCAACUACGUUCAGUCCAAAGCACUAGAUGAUGUUCUUUACACGGGGAAGAACUUUGUAGCAUGUGCUCCCACUGGAUCUGGUAAAACAGUGCUGUUUGAGCUAGCUAUCGUUCGUCUGCUAAUGGAGACCUCAGAGCCCUGGAGAGAUAUCAAAGCUGUCUAUAUGGCCCCUAUCAAAGCUCUCUGCAGUCAGUGCUUUGAGAGCUGGAAGAAGAAGUUUGGUCCUCUGGGGCUGAGCUGUAAGGAGCUGACGGGCGACACAGAGAUUGAUGACUUCUUUGAGAUUCAGGACUCACACAUCAUCUUGACCACGCCUGAAAAAUGGGACAGCAUGACAAGAAAAUGGAAGGACAACUGUCUGUUGCAGCUGGUCAGGCUCUUCCUUAUCGAUGAGGUGCAUGUGGUGAAGGAUGCGACCCGUGGUGCCACUCUGGAAGUGGUGGUGAGCAGGAUGAAGGCCGUACAUGCCUAUAGGACAGCACAGAAUCCAGAGACAGGCCUCUCUAUGAGGUUUGUGGCUGUAUCGGCCACCAUACCCAACGUCUCUGAUAUAGCAGACUGGCUGUCUAAUGACAAUGGUCCAGCCACAUACCUGGACAUGGAUGAGAGCCACCGUCCAGUGAAGCUGAGGAAGGUGGUGCUGGGAUUCCCCUGCAGCCCAAACCAGACAGAGUUCAAGUUUGACCUGUCGCUCAACUACAAGAUGGCCAACAUCAUACAAACGUAUUCUGACCAGAAACCUACACUAGUGUUUUGCUCUACAAGGAAAGGAGUCCAGCAGUCAGCUACAGUUCUGGCCAAGGAUGCUCGGUUCAUCAUGAGCAUUGAGCACAAGCAAAGGUUGAUGAAAUACGCUAACUCUAUUCUGGAUUCAAAACUGAGAGAUCUGGUGAUGUUAGGAGUUGGUUACCACCAUGCAGGAGUUGACUUGUCUGAUAGGAAGUUGAUAGAAAAGGCCUUCACGCUGGGAGAUCUGCCUGUCCUCUUUACCACCAGGACUCUGGCCAUGGGGGUGAAUCUGCCAGCUCAUCUGGUGGUGAUCAAGUCCACCAUGCAGUAUGUGGCAGGCUCCUGUGAGGAGUACAGCGAGGCUGACUUGCUGCAGAUGAUAGGCCGAGCUGGAAGACCACAAUUUGACACAUCAGCGACUGCAGUGAUCAUGACCAAGAUCCAAACCAAAGACAAGUACAUGAAACUUAUGAAUGGGAUGGAAAUCAUUGAGAGCAGCUUACACGCACAUCUGGUGGAGCACCUGAAUGCUGAGAUUGUUCUCCAAACCAUCAGUGAUGUCAACAUGGCUCUGGACUGGAUACGCUCCACCCUCCUCUACAUCAGAGCCCUCAAGAACCCCACACACUAUGGUUUCUCUGCUGACCUGGACAGAUAUGGAAUUGAAGCAAAAUUACAAGAACUGUGUCUGAAGAACCUCAACUCUCUGUCCUCCAUUGGUCUGAUCGACAUGGAUGAGGAUAUAAACAUCAAACCAACAGAGGCCGGCAGGUUGAUGGCUAGGUACUGUGUUGCCUUUGACACCAUGAAACAUUUCAGCAAAGUGGCUGGCACUGAAAACCUGUCUGACCUGAUUGAGUUGGUGUCAAAGAGCAGAGAGUUCAACGAGAUUCAGUUGAGAAUGAACGAGAAGAGGCUCUUGAACACUUUGAACAGGGACAAGAACAGGAUCACCAUAAGAUUUCCCAUUGAGGGAAAGAUCAAAAACAGUGAGAUGAAAGUGAACUGCUUGAUUCAGGCUCAGUUGGGUUCCGUCCCAAUUCAAGAGUUUGGACUUACACAGGACACAGCAAAGAUCUUCAGGAAUGGGAUGCGCAUCAGUAAAUGUCUGUCUGAGUUUUUGAGUCAGCGAUCCAAGAUGGGUUUCUCUGCCCUGCUCAACUCUCUGAUCCUGGCUAAGUGCUUCAGAGCCAAGCUUUGGGAAAACUCGCCCUAUGUUUCCAAACAGCUGGAGAAGAUAGGCCAGACCCUAUCCACUGCCAUGGUGAACGCUGGACUCACCACUUUCAGCAAAAUAGAGGAAACCAAUGCCAGAGAGCUUGAGCUGAUUCUCAAUAGACACCCACCAUUUGGUAACCAAAUCAGAGAAUCUGUCAUAAAUCUCCCAAAGUAUGAAGUUACUUUGGAGCAGCUUCCAAGGUAUAGCUGUGCUACGGCAGAGAUUGUGGUAAAGGUGAACCUAAAAAAUCAAUCGCAGCUGCUGUCCAGGAGAACAGCUCCAGAACACCACUAUGUCUCUCUGAUCAUCGGAAACACUGACAACACUGUGGUCUUCCUACAGAAACUCAGUGACUUGGUGUUGUUGAAGUGUGGAAGCUGGUCAAAGAAGAUUGAGGUGGCGAAGGCCUCGAAAGGAGAGGAGAUCAGUGUCAAUCUCAUCAGUUCAGAAUAUGUGGGCCUGGACAUCCAGCAGAAGUUCAGUGUGUACUACUCUGGAGCCAGGAGGUUUGGAACUGAUAAUCCAUAUAACAUAUCAUAUGACCGUACCAGACAGAGACCGCAGCCAUCUGCACUGAAACUACAGUCUACAUAUCAGGCUGCAACUCCGAGGGAAAAUGCCACAUCUGCUACAGACCAAGAUUUAGUCAAUAAACGACAGUGCAACCACUUCUGCAAGAAUAAGGAUCUCUGUGGCCACGAUUGCUGUAAAGUAGGUGUAGCUGUGGCACGGAAGAGGUCAGCAAGUCAAGAAUCCGGCUUCUCUUCCUAUUUGAAAGACCUGAGGAGCAGGUGUGACACACUCGCGCAGACUCCUGUCAAAAGACUCAAGAUGAAAAUGAGUGAGGAGUCGGUGUCUGUCAACAUGCAGGAGUUUUCUUACAAACCCAAAGAGAGGCUACCUACUGUUUCCAGUUAUGGUGGGAGUCAGUAUGGAGCGUCAGCAAGACCUCACAUUGAGAUUGUGGAUCUGACCGGAGAAGACUGGGCUGAACUGCCUGACACAGUUCAUCUGGACGAUGAUGACACUGGUUCCUCAAUGUGGAAGAACCCAGGAAUCAGUGUUGGUGUGAGUCAGAACCAUAAACCGCAUCCAAACCAGAUCAAUACAACCAACUUGGCUUACUUGAAGAGGUCUGCUGCUGUGUCAAACCAGGACGAAAAUGCUGCAGCCUCACAAAUACCAACUGUCAGCUUUGACCUUGGAUAUGAAUGGGACGACUGGGGCGACUUUGAUGACGAAAACUUGGUGCAUGCCAGCGAGACAUCAUCGGCCUUGUGUCCAACAAAUGCUAAACCUCAAGUCCAGCAGUCUUUUGCCACAACAUCAACACAAGUAUUCUGCCAUCAUUUACAAGUCAAACCCUGUAUAACCACUGCCAGAACACCACUGAGGUCGAUUUCACCAACUUUAAGUCCUGAAAUCAGAAAACCAGGACUGUCCCAGGUCACAGUCAGACCGCAGAACAGAAUCACACUCGCCUGGAAUAAAAAGAGACCAAGCAUCUUCAGUGAAGAGGUCACAGUAAAAACACCACAAAAUCUGCUGAAACAGAGUGAGACCCACGUGGCCCCACUUACCAGAAGGUUUGAUUUUUUCUCAACAGUGAGCGUCCCACCAAACACCAGCUCAUCUGUCAGCAGAAGCACCAGCAGCAAAGAAGAGGAAGCUUUCCUUGGGAUAUUUGAUGGAAUAUUUUAGAAGUAAUGCUUGUCUGACAUGAAUAUGUUAUUAACAUGAAGUGUUUUCUUUAUGUUUGUGUUAAUUUUUCAUUAACCUUAUAGCUUCACAUCAAGAUUUGUAGACUGUUUUGAAGUCAGGUUAUUAUAUAUUCAUAUUGUAAAUGAAACAAAUUGUUUCUAAAGUUCUAAUUAUUACUAAUGUUAUUUAUUUAUUUAUGUAUUUAUUUAUUCAAUAAAGUUUGUUUAUUGGAUGAUUCAGUACA